UCCUAGCAGGCAGACAGGAGUGAUCUAACACCCACGUUUGACAUAACAAUAGGAAAUAUUACGUGCCCAGUGUUAAAAGUUUAGCGUAAGGCAGUUUACGACGGUCUAAGAAAACGAAGAUAAAGCUGAAUAAGUCCCAACAAUGAAGUCCAUGCUGAUAGCGGUCUGCCUCGUCGCCGUGUCAUGCUGCUUGGCUGCCGAUGUCCCUGGCUGUCAGCACGAAACUUGUACAAAGUGUAUACGCCAUCGCACUUGCAUCUGGUGCUCACAGAAUAACACCGAGACCAGAUGGCCAAGUUGUAUCAGCGAUAAACACCCUGAUUUAGAGAAGUGGCUGGACUGGUGCGACACUGAAGCCGUCGAACCGGGGAUGACUUACAGCGUGAUCAAAGACGAGCCUUUGUCUGACGAUGAUGAGGUCGAGAACAUUGUGCAGCUGAGCCCGCAGGAGGUUAACCUUACAGUCAGAAUUCAGGAACCCUACAAUUUCACCUUGACCUACAGCCACUCGGCCAAUUACCCAGCUGAUGUCUACUACAUGAUGGAUGGAUCUCAGUCCAUGGCAGACGACAAGGACAUGUUAUAUUCCCUUGGCGAACAGCUGGCAGAAGGGAUGAAGGAGAUCACCAAUAACUUGUACCUCGGUUUUGGCAUCUUCAUUGACAAGCCGGUUUUACCUUACAUUUCCACCGUUCCGAAAGUGACACCACCCUACAGUUUCAAGAAUGCUCUUCCGCUCACUAGCAAUGCCUCAGCUUUCACGGAUGAGGUCAAGCGAGCGGAGGGCGGCACCAACCAGGACUUCCCUGAGGGCGGAUUCGAUGGCCUCAUGCAAGCCAUAGUGUGUGAAAAGGACAUCAAGUGGCGCAAUGUCAGUUUUCGGGUGAUCAUUUUUUCCACGGACGCUGGUUUCCACUUCGCCGGGGACGGGAAGCUGGCUGGUAUCCUAAGACCCAACGACAAGCGGUGCCAUCUGGACGCCAACAAUGAAUACAACAAAGCCAUCGUGUACGACUAUCCUUCUGUUUCUCAGAUCAACGAGAUGGCGAAACUACACAGAAUCAACCUGGUCUUCGCCAUCACAGCCGAACAGGAGCCGCUCUACGCCCGCCUGUCACAGCACAUAGAGGGCGCGACUUCUGGCGUGCUGGCCAGCGACUCGUCUAAUGUGGUCGACCUCCUCACCAGCAGUCUUAAGGACAUCAUAAGCAAGGUGGAACUGACACAGCGAGACCACAACAGCCACGUGUCAGUGCGUUUCUUCAGCGAGUGCAAGGACGGGGAGAUGAAGGAGCGAUCCUCGUGCCAGGGACUCGAUGUCGGGGACGAGGUCCAGUUCGAGGUGGAGGUCACGGCCCUCAAAUGCCCAGACAACGAGAAAGAUUGGAAUCCUGUCGUCGAAGUGUACCCUGUGGGCCGUCAGGGGUCUCUGCAAAUCAACCUGGCAAUGCACUGCCAGUGCAGCUGUGCUAAGCCAGGUGAUAAGGGCUACAUUGUAAACGCGGAGGCAUGCAGUAGGAACGGCACCUCCAUGUGCGGUGUAUGUGAGUGCCACGAAGGCUUCGUCGGGAAGGCAUGCGAGUGCUACAGCAACGAUGACGACGGCACUGGCACCAUCAGCGAGGACUCGUGCCGGCAGACGAACGCCUCCGCCGUCUGCAGCGACCGAGGCCAGUGCGUGUGCGGGCAGUGCCAGUGCAAGAAGCCAGCAGAUCCUAGUCAGGAGAUUUACGGACACUACUGCCAGUGCACCAACUACGACUGCGCUGUCAUCGGAGGGGAACUCUGCUCCGGCCACGGGGAGUGCGACUGCAACGCGUGCAAUUGCAACGAUGGCUGGGCGGGAAAACACUGCUCCUGCAGCCAAGACACAGACAACUGCGAGAACCGAGACACCGGGGAGACCUGUUCGAACCGCGGGUCGUGUGAGUGCAACAAAUGCAGAUGCAGUGGCACGUAUUUCGGAAAGUGGUGCGAGGACUGCCCGACAUGCAGCGGAAAGUGCUUGGAGUUCAAACCUUGCAUCCAGUGUACAGUUUUCCAGACCGGGGAGUUCAAAGACCAGUGUCAGGAAGAAUGUGAUCGCUAUAACAUCAGUAUAGUUAAAGAUCUGAGUAUUGGAGAGAAACCGUGUUCUUUCCUCGAUGAAAAGGAUUGCCGCUUUGACUUUGCUUACGAAAUUGACAGAGAUACAGGCAACGUCUUGCUGUGGGCGAAGCAGGACUUGGACUGCCCGGAACCAGUCAACACAACAGGCGUGAUCAUCGGAGUCAUCGGAGCUGUGUUGACCGUCGGCGUAUUGGCUCUUGUCCUCUGGAAGGUCUGCGCGGUUCUCCACGACCGCCGCGAGUAUGCCCGGUUCCUGCGUAGUAAGGACCAAGCGAAGUGGAGUACUAAUGAGAAUCCUAUUUUCAGGAGGGCCAGAACUACCAUUCAAAACCCUUUGUUUAAUUUGUUUGAGUAAAGCAGAGGUCAAGGACUGGUAAUGGACUCACAGGAAUAUUUCCACACCAACUGAUGUAAAUGUCACCUGCAAAAGAAAUAUGGGCAAUAAUUUUCUCAUAAACUUUCGGACAAUUUUGGACAUGUAUGUUUUAAGUU